AUUAAAUUGUUUUAAAUAACACCGAUUUUUCUGUGUGUAGCUAGUGAUACAAGCACUAUAAGUUUGUUUAUGUAUGGUGCCUGUUAUCAGAUGAAAAACAUGCCUGAUGCGCUCUUAUUUGUAUUAUAAGCUUAGUUUGAGGCGACAGAACAUCAACACACCCGCUUCAAUCCACUAACUGGUCAAUGGAUCUUAGUUAGUCCCCAUCGAAUGAAGCGACCCUGGUCUGGACAGGAGGAACAUCCGCAGCAAGUUGAACUUGCGGAAUUUGAUCCGAAAAAUCCACUAUGUCCGGGUGUAAUUCGAGCAAACGGAGUUAAAAAUCCAGCUUACACGUCUACAUUCGUCUUUACGAACGACUUUCCCGCAUUACUAGAAGAUGUCCCUUUGCCGCCGAAAAGUGACGAUCCAUUAUUCCAGACUGGUGGUGCUCGUGGUACCUGUAAGGUGAUGUGUUUUCACCCUAAAUCUAAUAAAACACUUCCAUUAAUGUCUCCGAAAGAAAUACGUUCUGUAAUUGAUUCAUGGAUUAAGGAAUAUCGCGAAUUAGGUGUAAAGUACACUUGGGUUCAAAUAUUUGAGAAUAAAGGAGCCAGUAUGGGGUGUUCCAAUCCCCAUCCACAUUGUCAAAUUUGGGCAUGCUCUUUUCUACCUAACGAACCACGCAUCAAAGAUGAUCAUUUACUAAGAUAUUAUCAAACGCAUGGAAGAGCAUUACUAGACGACUACGCGAAGAAGGAACUCGUCAAAAAUGAACGUAUUGUGUUGGAUAAUCCAGAUUGGCUAGUUGUGGUUCCGUUUUGGGCUAGCUGGCCUUUCGAAACAAUGAUCAUUUCUCGUAAUGGAAACCGACGAAUUUCAGACUUGAAUCAGCAACAAAUCAAUAACCUAGCUAUCGUCAUCAAAGAACUGACUACGAAAUACGACAAUCUAUUCAAAUGUUCCUUUCCAUAUAGCAUGGGAUGGCAUGGUGCACCAACCGGAGAUCUGGCUACCCAGCCAGAUGGACAUUGGACUUUACAUGCCACAUACUAUCCACCUUUGUUACGGUCGGCGACAGUGCGGAAAUUCAUGGUUGGAUUCGAACUACUUUGCCAGGCUCAGCGAGACCUGACUGCUGAGCAGGCGGCUGACAAACUUCGUCAUCUAUGUGGUAAAAAACAUUAUAGUGAACACAUUUAGGAAUUUCUGCAGAGUAAAUUGGGUACUUUUUCGUUAUCCGGGCGAAAGAAAAAAGACGCUCAACACGGUUUACUUUGCUGCGUGUGCUUCAUUUUCCUUAGGAAUAUUCGCCUUAUAUACAUAGUGAGGUAUAUUUACAUUAGGUAGAAACCACCGGAAGCAAGAUUUAGGCAACGCUCAUGUUGAAGCAAACCGUGAUAAGUUUUUGUUUCCGGUGCCCGGAUUACGGAAAAGUGCCGUACAUUGAUAAAAGAUUUAAUACACUGUAACUAUUCAUUCUUUAUAUCUAAUAUAUUUGUGAGAAGGAAAACACAAUUUCACGAUUUCGUCACGCUUUGUCGUCUUUCCAUGGUUUGUAAUUCGUGAAGUAAAGAAGCUACGUUGAAACGAA